AUGAUGCCACAUACAAUUCGGCCCUGGCUGUCGCGCUCAGCUUUGCACCGGCCGUCGACCAUUUGCAGACGUUACGCAAUCCAGGCGCCCGGUAGGCCAACCCUCGAGAUCUUCAACGACAAUGUAAAGUAUCUACAGAAAGAGCGAGCGGCCGCCAACGUGGAAUACAGCCGACAUGUCGACUACCUCAAGGAUGAAGUCGCACGGAGGCUGGUGGAUCGCCUUCUUGACAUCGACCGACAAUUCCCCCAAGUGCUUGAUCUAGGUGCCAACAGCUGCCACAUUGCCCGAGCACUCUCGAGGCCGCCUCUCAUUGCGCCAGAGAUCCCUGAGGUCCCAGAAAAGGCCAAAAUCCCACUCUCCGAGCGCGUCAAACACCUCACCUGCGUAGAAAUAUCGCCCACCACGCUUCACAGAGACGACUCACUGCCAGCGCCCACGGUGCCUAUCACGCAGACUGUUCUGCCCUCUCUGGAGGCCCUUCCUUACGAUGCCAAUACGUUCGACGCCGUGUUAUCCUCCUUGUCUCUCCACUGGAUCAACGACCUCCCUUCAGUACUAUCCACGAUCAACAAUAUCCUCAAACCAGACGCUCCCUUCCUCGCCGCCAUGUUUGGUGGAGACACGCUAUUUGAGCUACGUUCAUCGCUGCAACUGGCCGACCUGGAACGCCGCGGCGGUGUUUCACCACACAUAUCCCCUCUGGCGGAUGUCCGGGACGUGGGAAACCUGCUGGGACGGGCCGGCUUCAAGCUGCUCACGGUGGACGUGGACGACAUCAUAGUCGAAUACCCAGACACUUUUGCACUAAUGACUGAUAUCCAAGCAAUGGGCGAGGGAAAUGCGAUCCUCAAGUCGGGCGGCGGGCCCCUCAGCCGAGAUGUGUUGCUUGCAAAUGAAGCCAUAUACAGAGAACUGCACUGCCAGGAGGACGAAAGGGAUAGAAUACCCGCAACCUUUCGAGUGAUCUACAUGAUCGGGUGGAAAGCUAGCCCAGACCAGCCACAACCGUUGGAAAGGGGCAGCGGAAAGGUCAACAUCAAAGAUAUACUUGGUGGAGGCGACCUGGGCCUGUAA